GAUGAGCCUGUGGAUAAAAAAGAACCACUUAUGAAGCAAGGGUCAAAUGGAGUACCGAUCCCUUUGGCACUGAAUCUGAUUCAAAUACACUGUAAAAACGAAGCUGUGUAUCAGUACCACGUGACGUUCAGCCCAAACAUGGAAUGUAAAAGCAUGCGUCUUAGGAUGCUGAAGGAACAUCAGUUGGUGAUAGGAGAUAUUUCCGCAUUUGAUGGCUCUCUUCUCUAUUUACCCAUCAAGUUGCCUCAGAAUGUUAACCUGAGGUGUGAAAGAAAGACAGAUGGAAUGGAAGUCAAUUUAAAGAUUCAGAUGACCAAAGUUCUGGAACCGAGUUCAGAGUUGUGCAUCCCGUUUUACAACGUUAUUUUCAGAAAAGUGAUGAAGAUUUUAGAUAUGAAACUUGUUGGGAGAAAUUUCUACGAUCCUACUAGCGCUACUGUACUUCAGCAGUACAGGUUGCAAAUAUGGCCGGGCUAUGCAGCCAGUAUCCGAAGGACAGACGGUGGGCUGUUUUUGUUGGUUGAUGCUGUUCAUAAGGUUAUUCGGAACGAUUCAGUCCUGAAUCUGAUGCAUAGAAUUUAUCAACAGAGUCAGGAAAAUUUCCAAGAUGAAUGCACCAAGCAACUUAUUGGCAACAUCAUAAUUACCCGUUACAACAAUAAAAAUUACCGAAUUGAUGACAUUGAUUGGAACAAGACACCACAGAGCAGUUUUACCUUGUCAGAUGGGAAGGAAAUCACUUUUCUAGAGUAUUACAGUAAAAAUUAUGGGAUUACCAUCAGAGAACUUGAUCAGCCACUGUUGAUUUACAGAGUUGAAAGAAGGAAAAACCCUCCAGGAAAGCUUCAGGAAGGUGAAAUCCUGCUCGUGCCAGAGCUUUCGUUCUUGACAGGAAUUCCUGAAAACAUGAGAAAAGAUUUUAGAAUUAUGAAGGACCUUACGCAGAAAGUCAACAUGAGUCCCGAACAGCAUCACACCUCUCUGAAGCAACUGCUGAGCAGGAUUGAGAAGAAUGAGGCUGCCCAUAAGGAAUUGUCACGGUGGGGGCUUUUCCUGGAUGGGGAUGUUUAUAGGACCACAGGACGCAUCCUUCCCAUGGAAAGAGUAAAUCUGAAGAAAUGCUCCUUCAAGACAUCUGAAGACCUAAACUGGACUAAAGAAAUCAGCAGAGAACCCUGCAUUUCUGUCGUUCCAAUUCAUUUCUGGGCACUCUUUUACCCAAAGCGGGCGAUGGAACAAGCCCAUGAACUAGUUAGCGUGCUGCAAAAAAUCUCAGGACCGCUUGGUAUCCCGUUGGCUGCACCUAUUUGGAAAGAGUUGAAAGAUGACCGGAUAGAGACUUAUGCCAGAGCUAUCAAAUCAUUGCUAAGUAGUGAGGGACCAAUACAAUUAGUCGUUUGUAUUAUCACAGGAACUAAAGAUGAUUUGUAUAGGGCCAUUAAACGGCUGUGCAAUGUACAGAACCCAGUUCCUUCCCAGGUUAUUAACGUUCGAACCAUUACAACACACUAUACUAAACUUAGAAGUAUAGCACAGAAGAUUCUGUUGCAGAUUAAUUGCAAGCUAGGUGGAGAGCUGUGGGGUGUGGACAUUCCACUGAAACAGCUGAUGGUGAUUGGCAUAGACGUGUAUCAUGAUCCCAGCAGGGGGAAGCGUUCCGUGAUGGGCUUUGUGGCAAGCACCAAUCUAAUUUUGACACGAUGGUAUUCCAGGGUUGUAUUCCAGACGCCUCAUCAAGAAAUAAUAGAUAGCCUGAAGGUCUGUUUAGUAGCUGCUUUGCAGAAAUUCCACGAGGUCAACCAUAAUCUCCCGGAGAAGAUAGUGAUUUAUAGAGAUGGCGUUUCCGAUGGCCAGCUGAAAAUAGUAGAAAGCUAUGAAAUCCCACAGCUGGAGAAAUGCUUCGAAGCUUUUAACAACUACAACCCUAAAAUGGCGGUGUUUGUGGUCCAGAAACAAAUCAGCACCAACAUCUAUUCUCCAGUUGCUCAACAACUUUCCACUCCUCCUCCAGGGACAGUGUUAGACCACACAGCCACCUCGCGAGACUGGGUGGAUUUUUACUUGAUAGCUCACUACUCACCACAAGGCUGUGGCAUCCCAACUCACUACGUCUGCGUAAGGAAUACAGCCAAUCUCACUCCCGAUCACAUGCAGAGGCUGACUUUCAAACUUUGCCACCUCUACUGGAAUUGGCCAGGAACUAUCCGAGUGCCCGCCCCAUGCAAAUACGCGCAUAAGCUGGCUUUUCUCUCUGGGCAUAUUCUCCACCACGAACCGUCCAUUGAGCUGUGCGAGAAACUUUUCUUCCUGUAG